UCCUUGCUGGAAUUAUACAAUUUCCCUCCCACGCGUCGCUUCAACCCUCCAUUGCCGCAAGACCAGCUGAUGUCGUUCUACAUAUCGAGCUGUAAACUUGUUUGUGCUUCG